AUUCAUAUGAACGCACGGCACCAGAGUACACACUGGCCGUCUCUCUGGGGCUGAUUCAUAUGAACGCACGUCACCAGAGUACAGACUGACCGUCUCUCUGGGGCUGAUUCAUAUGAACGCACGGCACCAGAGUACACACUGGCCGUCUCUCUGGGGCUGAUUCAUAUGAACGCACGUCACCAGAGUACAGACUGGCCGUCUCUCUGGGGCUGAUCCAUGUGAACGCACGGCACCAGAGUACAGACUGGCCGUCUCUCUGGGGCUGAUUCAUAUGAACGCACGUCACCAGAGUACAGACUGGCCGUCUCUCUGGGGCUGAUCCAUGUGAACGCACGGCACCAGAGUACAGACUGGCCGUCUCUCUGGGGCUGAUCCAUAUGAACGCACGUCACCAGAGUACAGACUGGCCGUCUCUCUGGGGCUGAUCCAUAUGAACGCACGUCACCAGAGUACAGACUGGCCGUCUCUCUGGGGCUGAUCCAUGUGAACGCACGGCACCAGAGUACAGACUGGCCGUCUCUCUGGGGCUGAUCCAUAUGAACGCACGUCACCAGAGUACAGACUGACCGUCUCUCUGGGGCUGAUCCAUGUGAACGCACGGCACCAGAGUACAGACUGGCCGUCUCUCUGGGGCUGAUUCAUAUGAACGCACGUCACCAGAGUACAGACUGGCCGUCUCUCUGGGGCUGAUCCAUGUGAACGCACGGCACCAGAGUACAGACUGGCCGUCUCUCUGGGGCUGAUUCAUAUGAACGCACGGCACCAGAGUACAGACUGGCCGUCUCUCUGGGGCUGAUUCAUAUGAACGUACAGACUGACCGUCUCUCUGGGGCUGAUUCAUAUGAACGCACGGCACCAGAGUACAGACUGGCCGUCUCUCUGGGGCUGAUUCAUAUGAACGCACGUCACCAGAGUACAGACUGGCCGUCUCUCUGGGGCUGAUCCAUAUGAACGCACGGCACCAGAGUACAGACUGGCCGUCUCUCUGGGGCUGAUCCAUAUGAACGCACGGCACCAGAGUACAGACUGACCGUCUCUCUGGGGCUGAUCCAUGUGAACGCACGGCACCAGAGUACAGACUGGCCGUCUCUCUGGGGCUGAUUCAUAUGAACGCACGUCACCAGAGUACAGACUGACCGUCUCUCUGGGGCUGAUCCAUGUGAACGCACGGCACCAGAGUACAGACUGGCCGUCUCUCUGGGGCUGAUUCAUAUGAACGCACGUCACCAGAGUACAGACUGGCCGUCUCUCUGGGGCUGAUCCAUGUGAACGCACGGCACCAGAGUACAGACUGGCCGUCUCCCUGGGGCUGAUCCAUAUGAACGCACGUCACCAGAGUACAGACUGACCGUCUCUCUGGGGCUGAUCCAUGUGAACGCACGGCACCAGAGUACAGACUGGCCGUCUCUCUGGGGCUGAUUCAUAUGAACGCACGUCACCAGAGUACAGACUGGCCGUCUCUCUGGGGCUGAUUCAUAUGAACGUACGGCACCAGAGUACAGACUGGCCGUCUCUCUGGGGCUGAUCCAUAUGAACGCACGUCACCAGAGUACAGACUGGCCGUCUCUCUGUGGCUGAUUCAUAUGAACGUACGGCACCAGAGUACAGACUGGCCGUCUCUCUGUGGCUGAUUCAUAUGAACGCACGUCACCAGAGUACAGACUGGCCGUCUCUCUGUGGCUGAUUCAUAUGAACGCACGGCACCAGAGUACAGACUGGCCGUCUCUCUGGGGCUGAUUCAUAUGAACGCACGGCACCAGAGUACAGACUGUCCGUCUCUCUGGGGCUGAUCCAUAUGAACGCACGUCACCAGAGUACAGACUGGCCGUCUCUCUGGGGCUGAUCCAUAUGAACGCACGUCACCAGAGUACAGACUGGCCGUCUCUCUGGGGCUGAUUCAUAUGAACGCACGGCACCAGAGUACAGACUGGCCGUCUCUCUGUGGCUGAUUCAUAUGAACGCAUGGCACCAGAGUACAGACUGGCCGUCUCUCUGUGGCUGAUUCAUAUGAACGUACGGCACCAGAGUACAGACUGGCCGUCUCUCUGUGGCUGAUUCAUAUGAACGCACGGCACCAGAGUACAGACUGGUCGUCUCUCUGUGGCUGAUUCAUAUGAACGCACGGCACCAGAGUACAGACUGUCCGUCUCUCUGGGGCUGAUUCAUGUGAACGCACGGCACCAGAGUACAGACUGGCCGUCUCUCUGGGGCUGAUCCAUAUGAACGCACGGCACCAGAGUACAGACUGGCCGUCUCUCUGGGGCUGAUUCAUGUGAACGUACGGCACCAGAGUACAGACUGGCCGUCUCUCUGGGGCUGAUCCAUGUGGGCCUUGGUUAAGUCUUUUCCACUGGUUUGAGCUGUUCAACGUUCCAUACAAAUAUAAGUCUCAAGGUUUAGGGAAGCACUCGCCAUGAUCACGCAUCAAAGUUUUGCACUUGGGCCACACAGAGAAGGUCUGAAAUGUCGGCGUCACUCGGAUGUCUGGCCUCUUAAAUCCAGGGGUCCAUCCUGAGAGCGGCAUCACUCAGGUGUCUGGCCUCUUAAAUCCAGGGGUCCAUCCUGAGAGCGGCAUCACUCAGGUGUCUGGCCUCUUAAAUCCAGGGGUCCAUCCUGAGAGCGGCAUCACUCGGAUGUCUGGCCAUUUAAAUCCAGGGGUCCAUCCUGAGAGCGGCAUCACUCGGAUAUCUGGCCUCUUAAAUCCAGGGGUCCAUCCUGAGAGCGGCAUCACUCAGGUGUCUGGCCUCUUAAAUCCAGGGGUCCAUCCUGAGAGCGGCAUCACUCGGAUAUCUGGCCUCUUAAAUCCAGGGGUCCACCCUGAGAGCGGCAUCACUCAGGUGUCUGGCCUCUUAAAUCCAGGGGUCCAUCCUGAGAGCGGCAUCACUCAGGUGUCUGGCCUCUUAAAUCCAGGGGUCCAUCCUGAGAGCGGCAUCACUCGGAUAUCUGGCCUCUUAAAUCCAGGGGUCCACCCUGAGAGCGGCAUCACUCAGGUGUCUGGCCUCUUAAAUCCAGGGGUCCAUCCUGAGAGCGGCAUCACUCAGGUGUCUGGCCUCUUAAAUCCAGGGGUCCAUCCUGAGAGCGGCAUCACUCAGGUGUCUGGCCUCUUAAAUCCAGGGGUCCAUCCUGAGAGCGGCAUCACUCACUGUCAAAGUGUUGAUGUAGUGGAUGCCUCUCUGAAUGUCGUCGUAGGACGGCACCUGUUUGCUGGCGAUACAACCAUCACACCUCUUCUUCCUUGACACCUUCUAGAACGUUAUCACUGCAGUCAGCUUGUCUGCAGAAAUUCUGAAACCACAAAGUCAAUUAUUGAAAAGCACUUUGUCUCUCUUGGCUAAAUACCAGGAAGUUUGGAAAGACCGGCUGAGUGGGCGUGGAGCUUAUAUUCAUGAGCUGGCCUUGACUGACAGCUCUUUGAAAAGCCUUUGUCAAGCAACUUGGAUGCAGCGUUGCAGUAAAAUCACCUCAAGCAAAUGUGGUGAAACACAAAGAACCUCAAACAAUAUUGCUUCAAUUAUAUGUUUCUAUAUAUAUUUUAUAUACAUCUCCCGUUUAGAAUGUAUUUUGAUGUAGUUCACAGCAGCACUGACAGAUGUUUUGAAAGA